AUGGGUGCUCGCGAGUCAACUGGGCGAAGCGGUGGUGAAGCCCAGGAAAACGAUUCGGAAUUGAUCGACUAUUAUCAACUCUUAGAGAUUGAAGAGUCCGCCACAGGCGAUGAGAUAAAAGCAAGCCAUCCACUUGCCUUGAUACACCAUCCAGACAAAAACCAGGAUGAUAUCGAAGGCGCAACGAAGCGCUUUGCAGCUCUUCAACAAGCAUAUGAGGCGAGUGCCUGGGAACGUGCUUGGUAUGACUCCCAUAAAGCGCGUCUGAUACCGGAGCCUGACGCUGAAACGGUGUUCGAGGGGAUUCGGAAGGGUGCUCCUCCAUCUCGCGCACGCGACCGAGGUCUAACUGUCCGCCAUCUUGCACAAUUCUUCGACGCUACGAAGUGGCCAGACUUUGACGAUGGAGACAAUUCUUUCUUCACCAUCUACCGAAACCUCUUCCAUCGCCUUGCAAGUGAAGAGGCCAUGUUUGCCGACCAUGUUGAGUUUCCAUCCUUUGGGUACUCUACUUGGCCUUGGGCCGCAGAGAAGAACGACUCUCCUGAAGCGGUCAGGCAUUUUUACAAUGGAUGGAUAAAUUUCGCUACAUCUAAAGAUUUCGCUUGGAUGGAUCAGUGGAAUCUUUCCGAAGCCCCAGAUCGCCGCAUCAGGAGGGCAAUGGAGAAAGACAACAAGAAGGCCCGCGACAAUGCCCGUAGAGAGUACAAUGACACGAUUCGUUCGCUAACGAAAUUCCUGCGAAAGCGGGAUCCACGGUACAAAGUACAUCUGGCUACAAAGUCGCAGGCUUCUACACAACCCGCUGCUUCGGGCACCUCCACACCAAAGAAGCAGGCGACUUCCUGGGCCGACUACGUGGAACAAGACUGGCAGAAGAUCAACAGGGAGCGUCACGAUGCUGAUUUGGACUGGGCGGCCGCAGAAACGGAGGACCCGGAAGAAUGGGAAUGUGUAGCUUGUAGGAAAUUGUUUCGAAGUGAAGCUGCUUGGUCGAGCCAUGAACGAAGCAAGAAGCAUAUGAAGGAGGUUGAACGCCUAAAACGGGAAAUGCUUGCAGAGGACGAGGAGCUCGCCUUAGAGGAGACAGAACAGCUAGACGAAUUGGAAUCAUUCAGCGAGCCAGAUAUUCCAGGAGAUGAAGUUGAUAACUCGGAAACGGGUGGCGAGAGCGCUUCUUUGGGAACUAUUGACACCGCGCUCGAGGAGGCCGGACUACCAGUCCCAAGGCCGGAUGAAGAUUACUACACGCAAGCUGCACCACCCGCCGUCGAAGCGAGUAUCCAGCAUCCAACAAUAAGCCCUGAUGGAAACACCGACAACAUUCCAACGAACGAGGGGGAAGAGACCCACGAAACUGUACCUACCAAGCGAGACAAGCGUCGAGCGCGUCAAGCAAAAAGGGCAGAGGCUCAGAAAGGAGAGGCCCCAAACCCUACUGAUGCUCAAGUGCAGCAUCGAUGCAAUAUUUGUAAAUCCGGUUUCCCGAGUAAGACAAAGUUGUUUUCGCAUAUCAAGGCUAGUGGUCAUGCAGCAGCGACGCCUGAGUACAAGGAUCCAAACCCAAAUCCCAAAAAGACAAAGAAGGGGAAACGGUAG